CGGCGUCGGCGGCGCCGAUUUACCAUUACCGCCGCCGCCGCCAUGUCGCCGCUCGCCUCCUUGCUGUUCACGCUCGCCGCACUGCUCUCCGCCGCCAACGCUCAGAGAAACUGCAAUUCUGUACAAAUUGGCCUAACAACUCCGGUCACAGUAGUCUCCGAUCCAGUCGCCUUUCAAGCUGGAGGUGGAAGAGUUAUUAUUGAUGAUUGGUGUUAUCAGCGGGGUAAAGGAGUGGCAGUGGGCAAUUUUGUGACGGCCUGCAAUGCAAACCAGAACGGUGCAGCGCCUAACAUGAACCAGGUGUCAAACAAGAUUUCGCCAGUGGACGUGACGUGCCCCGACAGAUGUCCGCUAGGUGGCGCUGUAUCCGUUGUGCAAUACUGCUUAUAA